UGUGGGGGUAUAGGAAGAGGAGAGAGCGGGAGGGUAGGUAGUAGUGUGUGUGAGGCUGUCAGACAGCAUGGUCUGGGUCUGAGGACAGCACUGGAAGACGCAGCAGCAACAGCCUCCAGAUCUCCAUGUAGACCAGUGUGGUGAGAUCCACAGAUCACCUGGACCUGUCCACCCAGCAGCACCCACCCAGGACAACACCCACCUCUUUCUGAGAAACAAGAGGAGGAGGAGGAGGAGGACGAGGGGGGUGGGUCUGUUUAUCUUCUUUUUUUUUUCUUUUCUCAGUUUUUUGGUUUUGGGAGUAGGCUCCGGGCUGGACCGCAUGCAUGACACAACGCAAAGGCGAGAAACCCACCAUCAGCAUCCAGGAGCACAUGGCCAUUGACGUCUGCCCUGGCCCCAUCCAGCCCAUCAAGCAGAUCUCUGAUUACUUCCCCCGUUACCCGCGGGGCCUCCCCCCUGUUGCGGCCCACCAAGUGGUGGCCUCUGCCCUCUCCACCACCUCCGCCACCACCGCUGCCGAAAGUGACCGCGCCAAUGAGGAUAAACCGGACCGGGCUUGUGCCGGAGCCUCCGCCUCCAUACAGGCCACCAAGAGGGACGAGGAGCCCGAUGUGGAGGGAUACGACUCAGAUGACUCCACUACAUUGGGGACCUUGGACUUCAGUUUGCAGUACGACCAGGAGAACAAUGCACUACACUGCACCAUUAACAAAGCCAAGGGGCUCAAGCCGAUGGACCACAAUGGGCUUUCUGACCCCUAUGUCAAGUUGCACCUACUGCCCGGAGCCAGCAAGGCCAAUAAACUUAGAACCAAGACCCUGCACAACACACUCAACCCUGUCUGGAGCGAGACGUUGACCUACUACGGCAUCACCGAUGAGGAUAUGGUCCGCAAAACACUCAGGAUUUCAGUGUGUGAUGAGGACAAAUUCCGCCACAACGAGUUCAUCGGGGAAACGCGAAUCCCUCUCAAGAAGCUGAAGCCCAACCAAAUCAAAAACUUCAACAACUGUCUGGAGAAGCAGUUACCUGUGAACAAGACAGAAGACAAGUCCCUGGAGGAACGAGGACGCAUCAUGAUUUCCCUCAAGUACAAUACCCAGAAGUCUUGCCUGGUAGUGGGCAUCAUACGCUGUGCUCACCUCGCUGCCAUGGACGCCAACGGCUUCUCCGACCCCUACGUCAAAACGUACCUGAAGCCUGACGAGAACAAAAAGUCAAAGCACAAGACUGCUGUGAAAAAGAAGACACUCAAUCCAGAGUUUAACGAGGAGUUCUGUUACGACAUUAAAUAUGCAGACCUCACCAAAAAGACCUUGGAGGUGACAGUGUGGGACUAUGACAUCGGAAAAUCCAACGAUUUCAUAGGUGGUGUAUCUCUGGGUAUCAAUGCAAAUGGAGAGAGGCUCAAACACUGGUUUGACUGCCUUAAAAACAAGGACAAGAAAAUAGAGCGCUGGCACACGUUGACCAAUGAAUUACCCGGAUCAUUAAAUGACUGAAGACCCUCAUCCUGUCGUCCAAUCUGUCGGCUCCCGUCCCUCCCUUGGCUGCACCAGAUAGGAUUCCUGCCUUCAUUUUCCUAACGCCUCCUCCCAGCUCUUCUUCUCUGGAUUUUCCUCAUGUUGGCCACAGUAACCUGUGACACCUCUUUGGGAAUAUAUUUCCUCUCAACAGGGCUCAGUUAAAAAUAUCCUUAUGUUUGUGUUCACAUGUACAAUAGGGGGUUGCAUGGCGGCUCAGUUAUUUUUCUUUAAUUGGAAGUUCAAUCAACAAAAUGAAUCAUGAGGAUUGUAGUGUUGAAUUUUAAGCGUCAUAAUUCUUAUUUCUUGUUUGAUCAGGGUAGAUAAAAGGAGCAUAUGCUUUCUAUAUGAUGAGAUCUUUUUCAGCAGCUCAGUAAUUUACCAAUGAUUCACCAG